UCUGAGCCGCUGUGGCAAAAGACAACUGAUGUGACAGGAACAGUGACGUUAGCGCAUGCGUUAGCCAUUUUGGCUAGCCGUUUGUCUCCCAUGUUUAAGCUGUCAUUUCAGCAACAACGUUUGUUGUCUCGAAUAAAACAAAUACUCGUUGAAAGCAGAACCUUGUGCUUGACAGCGAAUACAGCCUGGAUGUGAGGGGACACAACGAAGCAAGCGCUGGAGUACAGUCUGUUGGGGGAACCAUUUUAUGAUUCUCAAUGCAUCCGACACACAGGGAUUCACUCGUCUUGCUAGCUUAAUUUCAGCUAGCUAAGCGACAUUGUUUUGUUUCGUGGAUGGGUCCGCUGUACGAAUCACUCCUUGAAGAAACGGUGACCGGUGCUUAGCAAUCGUCAUGGAUACCGCCGAAGAAGCGGAUAUUUGUCGAGUGUGCCGUUCUGAGGGGACCCAGGACAAACCCUUGUACCACCCUUGUGUCUGCACUGGGAGCAUCAAGUUCAUCCACCAGGAAUGUUUGGUCCAGUGGCUGAAGCACAGCAGGAAGGAGUACUGUGAAUUAUGCAAGCACAGAUUUGCGUUCACACCAAUCUACUCCCCGGACAUGCCCUCACGUCUGCCCAUCCAGGACAUCUGUGCCGGCCUGCUGACCAGUGUGGGCACGGCCAUCCGCUACUGGUUCCAUUACACGCUGGUGGCCUUUGCAUGGCUCGGGGUGGUUCCUCUCACAGCAUGUCGCAUCUACAAGUGUCUGUUUACCGGCUCUGUGAGCUCACUUUUGACACUGCCGCUGGACAUGCUCUCCACAGAGAACCUGCUCGCUGAUUGCCUGCAGGGCUGCUUCGUGGUCACCUGCACGCUGUGCGCCUUUAUCAGCCUGGUGUGGCUCAGAGAACAAAUAGUCCACGGUGGCGCUCCUCACUGGUUGGAGCAGCACCAGCCGGCACCGCCUAAUGCAGCCGGUCAAGCCAAUGAGGCGCCAGCUGCAGGCCAGGGAGCAGCCGACGAGCCGCCCGGGGCCCAGCCAGCCCCCGCUGACCCGCCAGCUCCAAACGAAGCAGAGCCCGAGCCCCCCGACGUCCCCCCGGACCAAGGUGAUGACCCAGAGAUGGAAGAAGAGGAGGGAGCAGCCGCUGAAGAUGCUGACCCCAACAAUGCAGCACAAGAUGACAUGAAUUGGAAUGCUUUGGAGUGGGACAGAGCGGCAGAGGAGCUCACCUGGGAAAGGAUGCUUGGUCUUGAUGGUUCACUGGUAUUUUUGGAGCAUGUUUUUUGGGUUGUGUCUCUCAACACACUCUUCAUCCUGGUCUUCGCAUUUUGUCCAUACCACAUUGGCCACUUCUCCGUCGUGGGUCUUGGCUUUGAGGAAUAUGUCCAAGCCUCUCACUUUGAGGGCUUAAUCACAACCAUCGUGGGCUACGUACUGCUGGCGAUGACGCUCAUCCUCUGCCAUGGACUGGCUGCUCUGGUCAGGUUCCAGCGCUCCCGCCGUCUCCUGGGAGUCUGCUACAUCGUCGUCAAGGUCUCUCUGCUGGUUGUCGUGGAGAUUGGUGUUUUUCCACUCAUCUGCGGCUGGUGGCUUGAUAUCUGCUCGUUAGAGAUGUUUGAUGCCUCCCUGAAGGACAGAGAGUUGAGUUUUAAAUCCGCUCCCGGUACCACCAUGUUCCUGCACUGGCUAGUGGGAAUGGUCUAUGUCUUCUACUUUGCCUCUUUCAUCCUCCUACUGAGAGAGGUGCUGAGGCCGGGAGUGCUGUGGUUUCUGAGAAACCUCAACGACCCCGACUUUAACCCGGUGCAGGAGAUGAUUCACCUGCCCAUCUACAGACACCUGCGGCGGUUCAUCCUGUCCGUGGUUGUGUUCGGCUCCAUCGUGCUGCUCAUGCUGUGGAUGCCCAUCCGGCUCAUCAAGCUGCUGCUGCCCGUCUUCCUCCCAUACAACGUCAUGCUCUACAGUGACGCCCCGGUCAGCGAGUUGUCUUUGGAGCUGUUAUUACUUCAGGUCGUGCUGCCAGCUCUAUUGGAGCAGGGACACACUCGCCAGUGGCUCAAAGGCCUGGUGAGGGCCUGGACCGUCAGUGCUGGAUAUUUACUAGACCUCCACUCCUACCUCCUCGGGGAGCAGGAGGACAACGAUGUCAACCAGCCUGUGAACAACAACAACAACAACCCUCCCCCUGGUCACCAUAACAACAACAACAACCCAGCCCCCGCUGUAGGCGAGGGGCUGCACGCAGCCCAUCAGGCCAUUCUGCAGCAAGGCGGCCCGGUUGGAUUCCAGCCUUACCACAGACCCCUUCGUUUUCCAUUCAGGAUUGUGUUACUGAUAGCCUUCAUGUGCAUCACUCUGCUGGUGGCCAGCCUGCUGUGCCUAACCCUACCAGUGUUCACUGGGCGUUGGCUGAUGUCCUUCUGGACAGGAAGCUCCAAGAUCCACGAGCUGUACACGGCAGCGUGCGGCCUCUACGUCUGCUGGCUGUCUAUCCGCGGGAUCACCGUGCUGCUGGCCUGGAUGCCCCAGGGACGCACCGUCAUUGCACGCAAAGUCCAGGAGUGGACGCUCAUGAUUCUGAAGACCGUGGUUGUGGCUGUGCUGGUCGCUGGCGUCAUCCCGCUGUUACUGGGCCUGCUGUUUGAACUGGUCAUUGUGGCCCCCCUCAGGGUCCCCCUGGACCAAACACCCCUCUUCUACCCUUGGCAGGACUGGGCCCUGGGAGUGCUCCAUGCCAAAAUCAUUGCUGCCAUCACUCUCAUGGGCCCUCAGUGGUGGCUGAAGACCGUUAUUGAGCAGGUCUACGCAAACGGCAUUCGCAACAUCGAUCUCCAGUUCAUCAUCCGCAAGCUGGCGGCUCCGGUCAUCUCUGUCCUGCUGCUGUCCCUGUGCGUCCCGUACGUGAUCGCUGCCGGGGUGGUGCCUGCCGCCGGAGUGACCCCGGAGAUGGAGAUUCUAAUGCAGAGGAGAAUCUAUCCGUUCCUCUUGAUGGUGGUCUCGCUCAUCGGAAUCCUGUCCUUCCAGAUCCGACAGUUCAAACGCCUUUAUGAACACAUCAAGAACGACAAGUACCUGGUUGGGCAGAGGCUGGUCAACUACGAACGGAAGGCCGCAAGAGCGAGUUCAAUCGCGCCCCCCAACCCGGUCCCCGUCGCCAUCGCUGAGUAGAUCUGUGUCACGCGUUCCCGCAUUUUUGCACCCAUUAUCAUGCGUACAUCACGUCUACUCAUUCCCCCGCCCCUUUUUCGAUUUUCAACUUGAGUCCUUGGACCGUUGUCUUUUUUUUUUUUUUUUAAUCGCCUGUGGAUCUUGACGGACUUGAUGGAUGUCGUUCAAUUUCUUGUAUUCCCUUCCAUGCCCAUCGAAGGUGGGAUGGGAAGAUGUAUUAUAAUUAUGGGACAGCUGAGUAAUCCUCCUCACACCGACGGCGUAGGCAAGAGGGGGAGGGGUCUGAGGUUUGAUGUGAAGAUAAACAUCUGUAUUGUCAUUCAUGCCUUGCUUUGUAGGGUCCUGCCUGAUAAUUGUACAUGUGUAAAUACUUUGAACGCAGACUUUGUCUUAAAAAAAAAGAAAGAAAAAAAGACUGAUAUGGAUUAAUGCAAUGACCAUUGUACAUCUUAAAAGUGUAUGUAUAAUUUAUUAAAUCAGACUGACAAUUUA